AUGAGUGUCAAUAUCUUAAAGGAUAUUUUGUCCUGUCGGUGGAUUAAAGUUGCGGCUAAGCCUCAGAGAGCACAUCAUGUCGUCGAAGAUUUCCUGAGACUGCCCGUGUUCUUCUACAACACCGUGGGUAUAGAGCCCUAUGAAACUGACCGAAAACCCGGAUUUUGGUUUCAACUCUAUUUUGUGCUCAAUUGUAUCAACACGCUGAAAGUACUCGCUGAAGAGCUCGUAUUUAUGGGAAUCACAUUUCGGGAAGAUGAGGAUUUCCUUGAAAGCUGCAUCAUAUUGGGCUACGUGUCCUUCGUGUUCGUCGGCAUUCUCAAGUUAAUUACGGUGCUGAUUAAAAAGCAAAAGCUGACCCGUUUGGUCCGCCAGUUGGAGUCCUGCUUUCCGACGCCCAGUCAAAAGGAUCAGGAGGAGUAUGCUGUGAAUAGCUAUUUGAAACGAUGCAACAUUUUCACAAGAGGCUUUGGUGGUCUCCUUACGAUUAUGUUUUUCGCGCACAGCCUGUUACCCAUAGUCAUAUACUACUAUCAGAUUUGUGUGAUCCAUUUGCCAGAUGCGAAGCCAUCUCUGCCAUUUUUCGACCUCUGCCUUUGGGAGUGGAGGGACAGCUGGAUUUUUUAUCCCACCUACGUUCUCCAGUCGAUCGCCGGUUACACGGCCACCUGCGGAUCCAUAUCCAGUGACCUCAUGAUCUUUGCCGUGGUUUUUCAGAUCACUAUGCACUACGACAGACUGGCUAAAGUUCUCAGGGAGUUCGAGGUUCGGAACCAUAGUGAAACCAAUGGAGCCAAUAAGGAUUUUAAGGCGCUGCAAUCCCUGAUCGCCCAACACAUCCAAAUACUUCGGAUCAACGACGUGAUGAACGAUGUCUUUGGAGUUCCCUUGCUGUUAAACUUUCUGGCCUCUUCACUGCUUGUUUGCCUGGUGGGAUUUCAAUUAACCAUCGAGUUCAGUCCCGCAUACUUUUUGAAGCAGAUGCUACUCCUGGUUUCGGCAUUGGUAGAGGUUUAUCUCCUCUGCUUCUUCAGUCAGAUGCUGAUCGAUGCGAGUGAGAAUGUCAGUACUGCGGUUUACGAGAUGAAUUGGACCGAGGCCGACACACGAUGCCGGAAAAUGUUAGUUUUCCUUUCAAUGCGAGCCCAGAAGCCAAUUUGCCUGAAAGCUACCAUAGUCCUGGACUUGUCUGUUGAGACCAUGAGCAUCUUUCUUAGCAUGUCUUACAAGUUCUUCUGUGCUAUUCAAACUAUAUAUAAUUAA